CCUUCACUAAAAAGAAAACCUCUCACUAGGUUGUAUAAAUACCCCUUCCUCAUUUGUUUCGGAAGGUGCAUCGGAGCUUCAUAGGGAGUGGGAGUGGGAGGAGGAGACAGAAGAAAAAUAAGGAUUAGCGGAUUGAAAUCCAAAGCUUGUCGAUCAUCAUGGCCAUCGGAUUUGAAACAAAGGCAAAGCAAGAAAUGGUUUCACAAUAUGUAAACACACCUACAAAUGAGUGGCAAGAGCACUUUGAUAGUGAACAUGAUCUCGCUGAUCGUUCUCUCGGCGAAGUUCUUCAAGAUCAGGAGUCUAUUCAUCAAUCACUGAUUGAAAAUUCUCAGAAUGAUCAUACUAGAGCUUCAAGUAGUAGGGGCAUAAUCAAUCAUGGUAACCCCGAGAACUCUUCACAAGCAAAUACAAUUCGAGAACACUUAUUACUCAAUGAAGCUCUAGCUAGGCAACUUCAAAUUGAAGAGUGGGAUUCAGAUACUUCUUCUAGUGAAUUUGACGUGGAGUCUCCCUCACCAAUCAAUGAAUCCAAUCCUUCCAAUAGCUUAGCAGAGGUAGCGAGGCAAGAUGACAAUGAUCUAGAUAAUAUGACAUAUGAGGAGUCUAUUCAUCAAUCACUGAUUGAAAAUUCUCAGAAUGAUCAUACUAGAGCUUCAAGUAGUAGGGGCAUAAUCAAUCAUGGUAACCCCGAGAACUCUUCACAAGCAAAUACAAUUCGAGAACACUUAUCACUCGAUGAAGCUCUAGCUAGGCAACUUCAAAUUGAAGAGUGGGAUUCAGAUACUUCUUCUAGUGAAUUUGACGUGGAGUCUCCCUCACCAAUCAAUGAAUCCAAUCCUUCCAAUAGCUUAGCAGAGGUAGCGAGGCAAGAUGACAAUGAUCCAGAUAAUAUGACAUAUGAGGAAAGAGCAUCAUUAGUGGAAGAAGUAGGCAAUGAAAGUAGAGGAUUAUCUGAUGAGGUUAUCUCCUACUUGCCGAUUGAAAAGUAUGAGCGUGGCUUCUUCUCAAGAGAACGGAAUAAUGACAAAUGCGCAAUCUGUUUGUCAGAAUAUAGAAACGGACAAUGGCGAAUAUAUUUACGACCGUGUAAUCAUGUUUACCAUGCAGACUGUAUAACUCCAUGGUUGAAGAUCAACAAGAUCUGCCCACUGUGUAAGGAGGAGGUUUUUGGGCCAUAAACAGAUUUGCCCAGUCAUGCCGUCGAAUGGACUUCUUUAUUCUUAUUUAUGUUUGACUCGAUUGUGAUGCAACAUAGAUUGUGUGUUGACUCUCUAAAGAAGCAAAAAAUAAAAUUUUGCAGUUUUUACUUUUUUGUUAUUGGUUAGAACAUCAUUGAUGCAAUGAUUGUGAGUAAUCUACGAUCCGAUUAUAUA